GCAAUACCCAGCAGGAGUAUGAAUCCAUUAAUUUCCAAAGCAAGACGGCCAAAAUUCGACCUCAUUCUCAAGAUAAUUGAUCUCAAUAACGUCCCCCUCGCCAACGGAACCUCCUAUGUAAAAUGGCAUCUCCCUUCCUCGACCUCCGCCGAACACCGCGGCCGAACCAAUCCCUCCCCCAUAAAAGAGCAUAAAGCCAGCUGGGAAUACACGAAAACGAUCCCCGUGCGGCUUACAAUUGACAAGAACAAUAAUCUGCAAGAAUGCAGUGUCAACUUCGAGGUUGUCCAAGACUAUAAUAGUGCUGGCAUGCGAGGGGAGAAGAUUACGCUGGGAUACGUGACUCUAAACCUGGCGGAAUAUGUGGAGGAGAGUGAGAUUGGGUCGGAUGGGGAGGAGGGGGUUGUGAGGAGGUACUUGAUGCAAGAGAGUAAGAUCAAUAGUACGCUGAAGAUUGGCAUCUUGAUGAAGCAGGUGGACGGGGAGAGGAACUUUGUGGCUCCUCCCUUGAAGACUGCCCCUGUGUUUGGAGGUAUUGCGGGAAUCAUGGCGGGGGAGCAAGCGGAACAGGAUGAUGUUGGACAAAUGCCUACGAUUAGUAAAUCGCGAGACCAUGGCGAGUUACAGGACAUGUAUCGACGGGCCUUAGCUGCUUCCUGGGCAGCACACGCGGAUGAACUCCCUGCGGAUCAAUGCUUGGAGGACAUUUUCAACGGAGGAGAUGGAUGGAAGACCCAUGACAAAGUAUUGACUCCCAGAAUCACACACGACGACGGUGGAGAAGAGCGAAAUCUCCGACACCAUCACCGAUCAACUUCCAAUGCAAGCUCUAAGAGUGGCACUUCACAAAGUACGGUCACUGGCAAGAGGAUUAUGAGGAUGGGGCACAAGCAUUCGAGAAGUCGAGAGACAUUAGGCCCUUCGCCCCAGUCUGCAGUAGACAUGAAUGAUACUUCUUCGGAGAACUCUUCUGAAAGAGGAAGGACUGGGUUCAAGAAGGCGCCGGAGUUGGAUGAGUUUGAUAUCAGGGACGAUUUGGUCGCUUGGAGAUUACCGAGCACGGUUUCUUGACGACUUGUUGAAAAGUAUAUAAACAAGGGAGGUGUAUGUUGGGUAUAUGGGGCGUUUCACGGACUAGAUGGCGUUGCUUAGGAAGUCUAUCCCAUGCACAAAGCAUGAGAGCAAGUGGUCUUUUAAUCUAUUCAAUGUGCUCUCUCUCUGAGUGACUCUGUGGCCAGACACCUCAUCUACGACUUUUGAUACUCUCUUUACAAACCAACAACCAGAACGCCAUGCCAUGCAUCACCACCAACCAAAUGACCCAAGAUCUUCCCAUCCUCAUUCUUCCGCAUCACCUUCCACAACCCUCGCCUUCAAAAUCCUAACCUCCUCCACCGGCCUAUCCUCCGCCCCAGUCCUCACAAGUCCCAUCCUCUUCACAACCGCCAGCCCCCUAGUCACCCUCCCAAAAAUCGUAUGUUUCCCAUCCAGCCACGGCGUCGGCGCCAACGUGAUGAAAAAUUGACUACCAUUCGUAUUCGGGCCGCUGUUCGCCAUACUGAGGAUCCCUGCGCCUGUGUGCUUCAGCGCGGGUGAGAUCUCGUCUUCGAAUUUCUCGCCAUAUAUCGAGGAGCCGCCGCGGCCGGUGCCCGUGGGAUCACCGGUCUGUAGCAUGAAAGAGGGAAUAAUGCGGUGGAAUAGGAGAGUAUCGUAGUAUCCGCGGGAGACUAGGGUAGAGAAGUUCUUGCAUGUCUGGUGGGAGACGAAGGGUGUUAGUGAGGGCGUGGAUGGAGGAGUGGAGGGGGCAAUUGGGAAUGUACUUUUGGUGCAUGGUCAUUGUAGAGCUCGACGAAUAUUGUACCCUGUAGGAGUGUUAGGGUUGCUGAAUAUGUAAUCGUAGCAAGGUAACGAAGCAUACCAUGGUUGUCUCGAGGGCGAUGUUGGUCGCCAUUUUGGAGGCUUUAUGUUUUGCGCCGGGAAGAAAUAAUCUUAGGUACAAGGAGCUACAGAUUCAAUAGUUCAGGAGCAAGAUGGUUGGAUUUCGUUUCAGUUGUUGCAGCUCGAGUUUUUAAUUGAGUCCCC